AUGGAGUCCAUGAUGAGCUUUGCCAGUGAUUUGAAGUCAGUCAGCCCUCUGACAAGCGGCUGCGCCUUGAUUGGAGGUGUUGUCGUCCUUCUCUUCAUCAAGAAGGUCGCCAUCUCUGCCUACAAGACGUUCCUUCGUCCCGCCAUUGACUUUACGAAACUUGGCAAAUGGGCUGUUGUGACAGGAGCUACCGAUGGAAUUGGAAAGGCUUAUGCAUUUGAAUUGGCCAAGAGGGGCGUGAAUGUUGUCAUUAUCAGCCGCACAGAAAGCAAAUUGGAAGCUGUCAAAAAGGAAAUUGACGACAAAAAGUACGGUGUGGAAGUCAAGUACGUUGUCUGCGAUUAUGGCAAAUUCGACACAAAAGCUAGGGAUAUGAUUGCCAAGGAACUGGAAGGUCUUGAAAUUGGAGUUUUGAUCAACAAUGUCGGAGCCAGUUACCGCUACCCUCGCUAUUUCCAUGAAUUGCCCAAGGAAGAAAUUCAGCAUUUGUUGACCAUGAACGUUGAUAGUACUGUGUGGAUGACGGAAAUGGUUUUGAAGGGCAUGGUGGAACGAAAGAAGGGUGCCAUCGUCAACCUCAGUUCUGCUGCUGCACGAUACACCCAACCACUUUUGGCCGAAUACGGAGCCUGCAAAUCUUUCAUUGAAAAAUUCUCCUGCUCCCUCAAUGCCGAGUACAGCGGCAAGGGUAUCACUUGCCAGUGCCAAGCUCCUUUCUUUGUUGCCACCAAGCUUGCUAAAAUGCGCAAAUCCUGGAGUGUGCCAACACCCGAAGAAUACUGCGCUCAAGGUAUCAAAUGGAUUGGAUACCCCGAUGACAUUGUCUCCCCCUUUUGGAUUCACGCCACUGCUGGGUGGGUUUUGUUGACCAUCCCACAAGCAUUGACCACGGCUCACUUCACCCAAGUCUUGGGAGGACUACGAAAGAGGGGAAUUGCCAAGGAUGCCAAUGGAGGAGUGUCUCCCCAAAAGACAAAGAAGAACUAA